CGCAAGAUUAGUCGGAAUACACAGUCCAAAACUGCGAUGAAUUCUGUAAGUGAAAGUUUUUCUGAGAAUAACUCCAUUGUUCAUCCUGAAUAUUUUUUCAUCGUUGGACUUUCAGGUGUACCAUACAGCACUUAUUACUAUAUUUUCUUAUUUUUCCUUUAUAUUAUUGCUGUAAUUUGGAACUCUGUAGUGCUCUUUAUUAUAGUUGUUGACCAGAACCUGCACAGUCCAAAGUACUUUGCUAUGUUUCACUUGGCCCUGGCAGACUUUAGUGAAACUAAUGCACUGAUUCCAAACAUAAUGAAGAUUUUUGUUUUUGAUUCACAGUACAUCUCCUUCAAUGCUUGUUUGGCCAACAUGUUUUUUGUGCACUUCUUUAGUACUAUGCAGAGCUUCACUCUUGUAGUUCUGGCAUAUGAUCGCUUCAUUGCAAUUUGUUUGCCAUUAAGAUAUCAUGCCAUAGUAAAUAAUACUGUAAUGUCUGUAGUGUUUUUAGUAUUAUGGGCAUUUAACGGUUGUCUGGUUUCCUUUGUGGUGUUUUUGAUCAAACGACUUUCAUUCUGUAAAACCAAUAUGAUACCAAGUUAUUAUUGUGAUCAUGGACCAGUGUUUAGGUUGGCAUGCAAUGAUGUUAGCAUUAAUGUUUUCAUGGCAAAACUCUGCACAGCUUUAUACUUGGUAGCACCAUUUCUCAUUAUAGUUCUGUCAUAUCUGGGUAUUUUUCUUGCCUUAAGCAAAAUAACAACUUGGGAAGGACGUUUAAAAGCUCUGAAGACCUGUGUUUCUCACCUGUUGUUAGUGGGAUCCUUUUUUCUACCAAUAAUCUGCAUAUACAUGGUUGCAUUUGUAAUUUAUCUUACACCUAAUGCCAGAAUCAUCAGCACAUCACUGGCAUAUGCUGUUCCACCGAUGCUACAUCCUAUUAUUUAUGUUUUAAAUACAGCUGAAAUCAAAGAGGUAAUUCGAAAAUACAUUAAAAAGAGAUCAACACAAAUUGAGAGUGUUUCAAACUAA